AGUCUGCAACUAGACCCUUCUUCUGUGUGCUGACGCCAGCCCUGAGGAAGUCACUCCCAAUGCAUUGUGGGAUGAGCUCCUCGUGCUGAUGCAGCUGCAGUGUGGUCAUAACCAGUUUCCAUCCCAUAACUGGACCUUGGUGCUUCUCAGCGUUGGAUUCAGCACAACACAAUCCUAUUGGUUUGAAUGUCCCGCCCUUAUGCUGCUGUACUAACUGGCCGGUUGUGUGAGUCACAUGACGGCAUUGUGUCAUUGAGAAGUAUGGGACUUAGCCGCUACCCUGAGAGUGCACUAGGGAUUAGCUAACCGGGACCACACGGGUGAGAGGCAAGAUCCUAAUUUACCUGUUUCUCACCUUCACUUGAGCCCAGAAAAAAUGCAGCAAACCCAUAAUAUUCCAGAAUUGCAGAAAACUAACGCGAUUCCCCAAACAUUGGAUAUUUCCCAGAAUCCUUUGCAAAAGUGUGUUCUUGGGCAGCAAACAUCCCUAACUGAGUAUGAAUCAUUGGCUGCUGACCUGGCUAUCCAUACUGUCAAUAUAGUAGAGAGACCAUUUAUAUGUACAGAGUGUGGGAAAAGCUUUACAAGAAAAGAGCAUCUCAAAACUCACAAAAGAAUCCACACUGGGGAGAAGCCUUAUGCAUGCACAGAGUGUGGGAGUAGCUUUAAACGGAAAGAUUAUCUCAGAUCUCAUAAAAAGAUUCACACAGGGGAGAAACCUUAUUCAUGUGCAGAGUGUGGAAAAGGUUUUACAAAGAAAAGUAGUCUUCUGGCCCAUGAACGGUCUCACAAAGGGAAGAAACCUUUCCACUGCGAAGAUUGUGGAAGAAGUUUUUCUUAUAAAAGUUCACUUAACAAUCACCGGGUGAGUCAUGAGGAGGUGACGGCUUACAUAUGCACAGAAUGUGGGAAAAGCUUUAAACAGAAAUGUAAUCUACUGACUCACCAAAUGAUUCAUUCAGGGGAGAAACCUUAUGUGUGUAAAGAGUGUGGGAAAAGCUUUAUACAAAGGUCUAAUCUACGAACCCACCGAAGAUCUCACACAGGAGAGAAACCAUUCAAAUGUAAAGAGUGUGGGAAAAGCUGGAAAGAUAAGAGAAGUCUUCUGUCACAUGAAAGCAUUCACACAGGGAAUAAACCAUUCACAUGUCAUUAGUGUGGUAAAAGCUUUACAGACCAGAGAAAUUUUCUGUUACAUGAAAGCAUCACACAGGGAAUAAACCAUGUCCAAAGUAAGGGGAAAGAAUUACAGACCAGAGAAGUCAUCAGUUACAAGUGAGGAUUAAUACAGAGGAGAAACUGUUCACAAGAGCUUUGCAGAGAAACCAUUCAGAUAUGACGCUUGUGGUAGAAUAACUGGACAUUUUUUCACUUAAAAGCUGCUGUCUGAUUUAUGCAUACAUUAAACCUAACUUAUGCGCUGAAUAAAGGGAAAGUUGUAAACAAAAA